AUGGCUACCAACGACGACCUUCGUAAUGUGGCUAUACAUUUCCGUGGGGUUGAGUGGACGGAUGAAGAGGAGGAUGUGUUGUAUCGCUUGUUCUUUGACAAGUGCCGGGCAAUGGUGGAGAUAAGCCGUCCAUUGGUCUUCAAUUCCAUGUGGAACGAUCUUGCCCGAGACCUUUCGGAUGCAUUGCACAAAGCAUUCAACAAGCCUAAGGUCCGUAUGAAAAUAUAUCGCUUGAAGCAUCAUUUUGAAGCUUUUGACCGAUUCACCAAUACACGGGGCGUCCGGGUCUAUCCAGAUGAUGGCAUGGUCACAGUGAACACGACAUAUUGGAAUAAUGUGGGGGAGGAAACACAUUUCCAUACAUUCUUCCGUCUAUUUGGUUUCAAGUGGUACAAUGAAUGUGUGGAUUUGUUCAUCAACCUUGAAGCCGCGGAUAUAGACUUCGAUGAUGGUCCUGUAGACAUGUUGGAAGAUCCAAUUGAGUUUACUGACUCGGAUGAGGAGGCCGAAGAAAAUGAUGACCAUAAUGUGCCGGGUCGUAAGAGGUACCAUCCAAUCGACGUAGAAGAUUAUGAGCUUGAGAAUGAGCCUGGUCGUAGGAGGUACUAUCCAAUCGACGUGAAGGACGAAGAGGAGCACGAGAUGGAUAGGAGGUUGACAUUGAUCAUGUCAUUGGCGAUUUCAAUGGGGAAGAUGUGA